AUGUUUACUGGACAGUACACGUACUGCGGAACAAAUCAUCCCACUGUAAGGGGACCUUACAGUGGGAUGAUUUGUUCCGGCAAAUGGUCCUCUUACAGUGGGAUGAUUUGUUCCGGCGCAGCGGUGAAUAAUAUUGUACCCUGGUACUCUAUGCAUGGCGUGAGGCGUGCUCGCCCUAGCGCAGAGGCUUUAGAGCAGGACAAAGAAAGGUCCAUAUUUCAAGCGGGUUUGAUACGCAGGGCAUUGGUCAUUCGAAAUGAUCCGGAGCAAUCUGUUUUUGAUGAAGAGUUUGAAAAGAAAUACAGUGUUGUUCAACGAGCUAUCGAAUCAAACCCAGAUGAGUACACCUUAUGGGCGUUUCGGAGAGAGAUUCUUAUCGCAAAAAGUGAAUCUUCAUCUCUAACUGACGAUGAGUGGAAGUCAGAGUUGCAGCUAACAUCUCUAGCACUUCAGAGACACCCAAAGGCAUAUCCAGCGUGGCAGCACCGCCUUUGGCUUCUUUCUGAUCGAAAACACAUGUCGAAGGUGUCCCAAGGUUUGAGGGACGCAUCUUUGAAAGAGGAACAGAGGUUGAGUGCGUAUAUGCUUUCUAAAGACGGUCGCAAUUUCCACGGCUGGGCACAUCGCAUGCGCGUGCGUUCUAUUCUUGAGUCCAAGUCGCCAGGAGAGGAAGAGAAUAUGUGGAGACAAGAGCUAGAAUUUGUUGAGGGCAAGAUCAAUGAUGAUUUUGCGAACUAUUCAGCAUGGCAUCACAGAAGCGUUUUGCUUCCGCGAAUCCAUUCCGAAGGACCUAACAUCUUCCUUUCUGAUGAGUUGCAGUUUGUAAGACAAGCAUUUUAUACAGAGCCUGAUGUUCAGUCAGCAUGGUUUUAUCAUCGCUGGCUUCUAGCUGGUGCACCGGCUAGAGGCAACAAAGCUGUUGUUGUUGACGGCUUGCUCGAAGAAGAAUUGGCAGCAUGUGAAGAACUCCUUUCCAUUGAAAAGAACGCUCGUUACGCUUUGCAGACCAAAGUACAUAUCCUUACCAAGUUAGGUAGGCAAUCCGAAACCACUGAGGCCCUUGACCUUCUUGAGAAGAUUGAUCCAUUGCGGCGCGGUUAUUAUCGGCAUCUGCGCAAAACGUGA